AUGGGCCGGGAUGAAGGGGAGGGUAUGACUCACCCGCAGGACGAAAUGCCGAUGCCAGGUGAAUUCAGCCCGACCGCCUCGAGUCCACCUGUUUCGAUGACAGCGAGCGAGGUUCCUUUCACUGGUAGACAGCCGGCGCGCCAGGAAGAUUCCUUGCAGGUCACACCCAACAGGCCCACGAUGACUGACUCGGGGGUUGAUGAAACGGAUCGACACCCUCAUGAUGCCAUUAGCCAGGGCCGAAGGGAGUCCGCUUUGGCGAUUGACACUGGAAGUCUACAAGAGAACCUCUCAACCCCGACGCAUUUCGACCUACAAGGAAGCAGCAUUAGUGGAAACCCAAUGUUCGUCGGCGGAAAUGUGACCCAGGUCGUAGUCGCGCAGCCGGACGAAAGAUUGGAGCGCAUUCUGGAUUGGCUUGCGCCAAAUAUUAACUUUCGGUCUAUCUACAUCGAGAAUCUGGAGAAAUGCGAAGAGGGAACGCUGUCCUGGUUUCUCACAGGAGAUAAAUACGACAAAUGGAAGAAAGGGAAAAUCAAAGUGAUUUGGGGAACGGGCAUUCGUGAGUUGCAAUCCAUGACAUUUCUUCGAACAGGUGUAAUGAUGUUGUUCAAAGCCGGGUCUGGGAAGACUGUUCUUGCCUCGCGCCUUAUCGAAAACCUGGAACCUCUCGAAAAGCGGCGCGACAAGAAGACGUGUAUUCUCUAUGCUUACUGCCGCUACACCGAGGCCUUGACCGUCAAGGACAUCCUCGAAGGUCUCAUCAAGCAAUGUCUCCAACGCCAUACCGACAUCGCCGCGAUCAUCGUCCCCAUCCUAGAACGCCACCGUCUCGAGAAAACCCGACCUUCUCUCAAGGAGCUCAUGGAUCUCCUCCGGACCAUUGAGGAACACUUCGACGUUGUAUUCUACAUCAUCGACGGUUUGGACGAGGCGCACAUCACCACUCAGUUCGACCUCGUCGAAGUGAUAAAUUCUCUCAAAGGACGCGUCGCCAUUACCUCCCGACCGCUGCAAACGCUCGAGGGCGACUUUCACUCAGUCGUCUUCUACCCGGUCCAUGCGCGGAGAGAAGAUAUCGAGCGUCUCGUGAAAGCGAAGAUCCUCCGACACUCCCAUCUGCGUCGCCUUUUGAAGCAGAACCGGUGCGAACGAAUCAAAGCGCAACACCCUGCCCAAGCCGACCUUGGGAUAAGAACCCUUCUUUGGGUAGUCUUUUCGGAACAGCCCUUGCAUAUCAUGGACUUGUUAUACGCAGUUGCCGCCGAUCCAGAAACGCACGUGUUCGAUGAGGAGAGGAUGGUUGACCAGGCCACACUGAUCUCAGCUUGCUGUGGAUUAAUCGAGGUGGAACACUGGGGUUUUUCUCGUCUCGUUCACUAUACGGCCCAAGAAGCUCUCUCAACGAUCCUGUUGGAAUGCUACCCCAAUCCUCAUGUAAUGAUCGUUCCGGUCCUGUUGGAGAGGCUUGUUUCCCUUGACUUACCCCAAUCCCCGGUCAAGGACGAAGACCAACUAAGCACCAUCCUCCAAGCCCCUCUCGCACGCUAUGCUUACCGUCACUGGGGCUCCCAUUUCAACCAUUGUAAACCCGAGCUCACAAGCGAGGUUUUCAAGUUCUUUAAACAGUGCACAUCUUAUCCCCUUCAUCCUCGCAAAAUCAUUGAUCGGGAUUUGCAACUUGAAAGGGUCAACGCUCUACACCUAGCUGCCUUCUACGACCUCGCCAGUUUUGUUCCAAAGUUGGUGACCGUGGAUGGUGAUUCCCUUGAUGGCCUGUAUAAUGUGAAUUCAGCAACCGAUACCGACUCGAUCACCCCGCUAUUUCUCGCCUCGUGGCUCGGCCAUGUUGCCAUGAUAGAAGAGCUUCUUGUUUACAAGAUCAUCGACCCAAACGUCGCCACGAAACAUGGUACUGCGUUGGUACAAGUCGUUCAGAAAGCGCAUAACCACAGUACCAGACCCUGUGAAGGCCCUUGUCCCACCUUGGCACGUCUUCUGCAAAUCAAUGGCAUCCAGGUCAACGCUGUUGAUCAACUGGGGAAGACGGCGUUGAUGUAUGCUGUUGCCACAGGAGCCGUACCCCUCGUCGAACAACUCCUUAAACACCCCUGCAUCGACGUCAACGCUGUCGACAUUUAUGGCGAUACGGCGUUGACUAUUGCGGCGCGCGCAAGAUUCUCAUCAGCACCGACUAUCUUACGCCUUUUACUCCGAGAGGAAGGGAUACAGGUCAAUGCCACGAACCGAAGGGGACAAACAGCUCUCAUUGGGGCCUGUUGCACAUAUUCUGCUGCGGGGCAGGAAAUCAUCGAAGAACUAAUCAAAUGUGACCAUUUGGAUGUGAACGCUGCGGACGGGGAGGGCGAUACCGCGUUGAUUUGUGCAAUGGUAUUCAGGUCAACGCUGCAAACCGGCACGGACAAACGGCUCUCAUCGCCGCGUUGA